AUGGAGCAUGUGAAGUUGCCGCAAUGUGGUGAUGGAACGGAGUCUCCUUGGCCGUCUCAUCGUUUCUUGCAGGAUACAGCGUUAAAGCUGGCGUCGGAUUCGCAGCGCCAUGAGCUUGUAUGUGGGAGUGAUCGGUCGCCGAUUUCAGCGCCGACCAUCACUCCGCCAAAGAGCCGAAUGUCGUCAACGUCACAGCAUCGGGAAGACGAGAGGCUGAUGAGAAGCAGCUUUCUAGCCGAAGCUUCAGAGUGCAUUCGUGCCUUGCAGGCCGUUUUCGAUAAUGCCCAUGUGUCUACGUUCCAGUCCCGCUUUGAGGAUUGGCGGAAAGUCGACUUGAAAGCCACAGCACAGCUCCAGCAGCAUGCAAAGUCCUUGCAAAGGCUGAACAGCAGCCUAGAGGACUUCUUAGCUCGAUGCUCGGCCGUAGAGACGUUUCAGGAGUUUCACGGCACCAUGGCCACUCUUUCUGAAGCUAUCCUUGGAUUGAAAGAUUUCCGUGAGAGCUUCACUGCAAGCAUCGAGCAAAUUUCAGAUGGCAUUGCUGAGCGGGUCCUGACUUCUUUGCGCGCCUUUGAUGAAGAGAGGCAUGCUUGGCUGCACAAGACUUUGGAAACACAGAGCCAGGUGCAAGAAAGCAUGAGCAUCACCCAGCGCAAGAUCUGGAAUCGUCUGGAGACCAUUGGCUAUUCCAUAGACCAGCAGGCGCGGACAGCUCUGGCUCAGAAAGAGCAGCUGGCGAGGGUAGACGCUGUCCAGUCCGCGAUACAGCAAGACUGCCAGUGCCUUGUCGAUUUGCAGCAGAAUGUCUUUAAGAGCUUUCGCAACUCAUCCGAGCAGCAGGAGUCUCUGCAAGACAACAUCUUCAGUAAGAUUGGAAGCGGGAUGGAGAACUUGGAAACCUAUAUGGUCAACUCUUUGGGUUGGACUGCCGAGCUCCCUUCGCUUUCUGCAGCUUUCGGUGGCCUGGAAGGUCGGCUGACGGAAUGGGAGACAAAGUCCCAGGAGAUGACGGACUUGCGUGUGGAGUUGAGCAGGCUGGAGGCCUUGCUGCGUGAGACUGAGGGUGACCUGGGACGCACUCGACAAGAGAAGCUCGACGGUCUGUCGCAGCAGACGGUGCUGAAUGACCAGCUGCAGUCUCUAAGGGAGACUCUGCAGCAGACGAGCACACAACUCGAAACUGCAGAGCUUGCAUCGCUGUUGAACAGCAUGAAGCGAAUUCGAGAUAUCGAGACCAAGGGGAACAUCAAGCUGGACAGACAAUUUGGACGGAUCGUGUUCCUUCAACAGCUGGCAUUCCUUCCAUCAGUGCCACCUAAAGAUGCCAAGCAAAAUCCCGUUACGGUCGCCUUGGCAGAUCCUUCACAAGCAGAGUCGGUGCUGGAAGAUUUCGCUGAUGUUGUGAAAAUGUUUCAAGUUCCAUUGAACAUCAGCAUCAGCUGCAAGAUCCCCAAGGGAGGUGACACAGCUGUGUGGCAGGACAUGGCUACGAAACGAGCUCAGGUCCUUAAGGAUUACUUGGUCAACAAUGGGUUUCCAGAGGACAAGGUGCAAACGAGUGGUGCAGUGGGCAUCAACGAAACUUCGGUGCUGUUGCUGGAUUCUUCGAUCUUUCCUCCAAAGCCUCCUGCAAAGAAUGCACGAGGAGCAUCCAAGUCGCCCCGCUAG